AUGGUCGACGUUGGGCACAACGAAAUAGAGCAAGAAACAGCUCCCCAAGUCCGGCGUUCUCUCAGCGGUCGAUUCCAGCUCCUUGACCCGAACGCCCUCCACCGGAUUUGGAGGUCCUGGAUUCGAGGGGACAAGCCUACCAUGCACGAGGAGGCAGUCAUACCCGUCCAACCACCUUCAAGGUAUUCCACAGAGCCGGAACCAACUCGUCGAGAGAUUGAGAGACUCUUGGAUAUAGCAGAGGUGAACCCCGAUGCGCCCAAGAAGGUCCGUCAUCUCAAGAUUAUGUUACGAGCUCACGAGUUGUCGACGUCGGUUUUCAACGAGAACGCGGCGCGUCUCUUGGUUCUUGUUCAGAAAAUGACGCGGGUGUCGAGGUUUACUUUUGAACUUCCGGAGAUUCCUGAGACUGCAGGUCUUGGGGCCUCGUGGUGGAGGGAGACGAUGACCGGGAAGGGUCGGGAGGUGUUCGUGCACUUGUUAUCACUUCCUUCAUUGCGGCAUCUCGAUAUCGAGGGGAUAGAGAUCCCAUCCACUUGGUACUCCCGUCAUCCCAAGCUCGAGACUCUUAGAGUCUGGGAUUCCUUCUGCCUCGACCCAUCGGAGUCGAACCUCGAGCGCCCGUCAUGGCCGCGUCUACGGGCGCUUACCAUCGGACGCAAACAAUGCCAAAGUAUCGCCAACCUCCUCGACCUCACCCUCCGCACGGCACCCCACUUUCUCAAUUCCCUCCAUGCCCUACACAUCCAAUGCUCCAACGCCGAUAUUCCCAGUUUAAACCAAGUCCUACGGCUCAAUUGCAAGAACCUAACCGAGUUCUUCUGUUGCGUGGGUUUCAAUGAUAGAAUGACGCAAGGACAGGUUCUCGAUCUCCGCUAUUCGACGAAAUGCAGGACCAUGGCUUUUCAGUUUAACGCGCCACAGGAGAGCUACGCGUCUGCCUACCCGCUUAUCUGGUCGACACUUCAAACCAUCCCAGCAGGGACGGUGGAAGACCUCCACCUCCUCUUCCGAUGUUCGUGCCCUCUGACGGAGAGCCACGAUCCCUGGGACCCAUACCCCUAUUGGAAGGACCUCGACGACUUCUUAGCCCCGCGUAUGCUGGGAGAGGAUGGGAGCAGGCUUAGGACCUUGAGUGUGAAGAUGUGCUAUGUGCGGAGUUGUACGGAUUGUGUGGAUGGGUAUACGUUGUUCCCGGUUGCGACGUUGGCGCCGAGACUUGAGGGUCUUCGGUCAGCGAUGAUGCCUAUGGAGAGGAUUAGGUUGGAGUACACAGGUGAGAAGCCGUAG